AUGAAAAUAAUAUUAAUAUUAUUAAUAAUAAAUUUUGUAAUAAAUUUUGAAAUAUGUCCAGAAGGUUGGAAUUUAAGUUAUAUUACAGAUAUAUGUAUUGCUCCAUUAUCAUAUCAUGGACCUUGUUCUACACAUAUUAUUACUAUAAAUAAUACAUUUGAUAAAAUUUUUUUACAAAAUUUUUGUCAUAUAAAUUGGAAUAAAAAAAUAAUAUGUGAAAAAGAUAUGAAUAAAUGUCCAAAAAAUUGGAUUAAAAUUAAUAAUUUAUGUUAUCCAACAUCAACAUAUAAAGGUAAUUGUAAUUAUGGAAUUGUAUUGGAGAAUAUGGAAUCAACACAAAAAUUAUUUUGGUCAAUUAAAUGUAAUACACAAUUCAAUUGUAAAAUGUGUAAAAAAAAUUAUGAAAUUACAUGUCCAAAUGAUUGGAAAUUAAUUGAUAAAAAUUGUAUAGCAUCAAAUAAUUAUACUGGACCAUGUCAUACUAUUGCUAAUUUAUCUUUUUUUAAUAAAUCUAUGAAAGAACAAUUUGAAAUAAUUUGUAAUGUUGAAUUUCCAUGUAAAAAUUAA